AGGUUCCUGCUUCAUCGUGAAUUAGGCCAGCUGCCGCUGCUCUCUCGCUCGCGUCAGCCGCAGCACCAUUACCAGUCCACGAGCUCCGACGCCGGUCGUCCCGCCGCCGCCGGCAUAUCCACGAGCUUCGACGCGGCGAGGAGGACAGCGACGACUACUGUCCCGUCCUCCACGAGCUUCGACGACGCGUCCCCAGGCCCUCGCUCGACGCAGCGAGCUUCGGCGCGCGGCACUCGCUUUCUCGCAGGCUCAUAUUGAAUUGCAGGUUGUCCAUUCACUGCAAAGAGAGAGAGAAAAUGCCACUGGGAUUGAUACUAGGGUUGGGAAGGGCAUUUAGGAGGAAGCGUACAUCAUCACUCGAUAUUCUUUCUUCAAAACGUGCUCCAAGAAAUUACUACAAGGGAAAGAAUUGCAAGCCAACUGGUUUUCACACCCACAAAGGUGGAUAUGUUCUGCUGCAGGAGAAACUACCAAACUAUGUAGUUCCCGAUUUGACUGACUUCAAGCUGAAACCUUAUGUGUCUCAAUGCCCAAUAGAAGUCGAAACUACUGAGGGCACUGAUGCAGCUAAAUAGACUAAGAGCCAUAAAAGGGGGAAAUGAUGGAUGGUUGCAUUCAAGGCAUACUGCAGAAGAGUUCGCAGAGAACCUUGGAAGUUACGCUUUUUCUGUCUUUCUUUUUGGCUUAGAGAAUGAUGUCUCGAACAAAUUUUAAUGACCUUUUUUGUGGCCACUAAGUCAAAUGACUUCGGUUGCUCCAAUCUUUUUAGGAAUUGUGAACAAUAACAUAGACAAAGCAGUGUGAUCGGGGCAGCCUUUGUUGAAUUAUACAUGUCGAUAUGUUUAUGAUUAUUGAGCCAAUGUCCUUCUGGACCUUUUGAAGUAAAAUCAUUUUUCACUGUAA